AUGGAGACGGCGGCUGGCGGAGGCUGCGGCUCUGGGCCGCCGCUGCUGCUGAGCGAGGGCGAGCAGCAGUGCUACUCCGAGCUCUUCGCGCGCUGCGCGGGCGCCGCGAGCGGGGGCGCGGGUCCCGGGCCCCCUGAGUCCGCCAGGGUCGCCCUUGGCGCUGCCACUGCGGCCGCUGGCCCAGUGGCUGACCUGUUUCGGGCAUCGCAGCUCCCUGCCGAAACGCUGCACCAGAUCACAGAACUGUGUGGUGCAAAGCGGGUUGGUUAUUUUGGUCCAACACAGUUUUACAUUGCCCUGAAAUUAAUUGCUGCGGCACAGUCUGGCCUGCCUGUGCGGAUAGAAAGUAUUAAAUGUGCUCCUUAUGAAGCUAGACAGCCCCUUGUCCAGCCUGAGGGACCCUCAUCUGGGGGUCCAGGAGCCAAACCCCUUCGGCAUCAGGCUUCCCUUAUCCGGUCCUUUUCAGUGGAGAGAGAACUACAGGAUAACAACAGUAAUUACCCAGAUGAACCCUGGAGGGUAACAGAAGAACAGCGGGAGUACUAUGUUAAUCAGUUCCGAUCCCUUCAGCCAGACCCAAGUUCCUUCAUUUCAGGUUCAGUGGCCAAGAACUUCUUCACCAAAUCGAAGCUUUCCAUCCCAGAACUCUCUUAUAUAUGGGAACUUAGUGAUGCUGACUGCGAUGGAGCCCUGACUUUGCCUGAGUUCUGUGCGGCAUUUCAUCUCAUUGUGGCUCGAAAGAACGGCUACCCACUACCUGAGGGCCUCCCGCCAACUUUGCAGCCCGAGUACCUGCAAGCAGCUUUUCCUAAGCCCAAGUGGGACUGUGCAUUAUUUGAGUCUUAUUCUGAAUCAAUGUCAGCAAACCAACAACCACGUGACUUGAAUCGGAUGGAGAAGACAUCUGUUAAAGAUAUGGCUGACUUUCCUGUUCCUACCCAAGAUGGGACUGCUGAUGACAAACAAGCGCUAGCCUUGAAAAAUACUAUGAAUGAAGCCCUACCAAAGGAUGUGUCUGAAGAUUCAGCAACUCCUAAGGAUUCCAACAGUCUCAAAGCAAGACCAAGAUCCAGAUCUUACUCUAGCACCUCCAUAGAAGAGGCCAUGAAAAGGGGUGAGGACCCUCCCACCCCGCCACCGAGGCCACAGAAAACCCAUUCCAGAGCCUCCUCCUUGGAUCUGAAUAAAGUCUUCCAGCCCAGCGCACCAGCUACUAAAUCGGGAUUAUUGCCUCCGCCACCUGCACUCCCACCAAGGCCUUGUCCAUCACAGUCUGAACAAGUAUCCGAGACUGAGGUACUCCCGCAGAUGAACAGAGCCCCUUCCCAGGCUGCAGAAGGUAGUCCAGCAAAGAAGGAUAUAUCAUAUUCUCAGGCUCCAUCAAAGCCCAUUCGUAGGAAAUUCAGACCUGAAAAUCAAUCUACGGAAAACCAAGAGCCUUCUACUGCUGCAGGUGGGCCAACUUCUGUAGCAACUGUGAAACCCCAUCCAACGGUCCAAAAGCAGUCUUCCAAACAGAAGAAGGCCAUUCAAACUGCUAUCCGUAAAAAUAAGGAGGCAAAUGCAGUGCUGGCUCGAUUGAACAGUGAACUCCAACAGCAGCUUAAGGAGGUUCACCAAGAACGAAUUGCAUUGGAAAACCAAUUGGAACAACUUCGUCCAGUCACUGUGUUGUGACCUCCACGUUUCAAGUGACAGCGGGUGACCUUGUCUGCCAAGAUCUUUCUUUUGAAUGUUUGAGCCCAACUACUUGUCAUAGAUGUCUUAAUGUGUCAAAAGGUGUGAGCAGCAGAAUAUAAUCCAUAUGACCUUU